AUGCCACCAAAAAAAAAACCAACAACAACCACAAAUUUUGUGCAGCAAUCAUCAAGUUCAAAUAUAGCGAUCCCAGCAACAAUAAAUUUAGCAAAUAGCACCAAUAGCACAAAUACAUCAACUUCAGCAACUGCAAGUACUGCACAAAAGAAAAUUCAGUGGUAUUGGGCAGGUGAUAGCAACAACAGUACGGGAAGUGUACAAGAUAUUUUAAUAGAAUAUGAUUCAAAGAUAAAUUCUGAAAUUGAAUCACAAUUUCAACAAUUUCAAUUAAAACCAAAAUCAAUUAAACUUUCAAAAUUCAAAGUCGAUAAUGAUAGAUAUAUUAAUUUUAAAACAAUGUGUCAAACAAGAUAUGAUGAUCCAAAUAAAAAUAGAUCUGUUGAAAGAAAAGAAAUCAUCCCAGGUACUGCACCAACAGCACCAUCAGUUUCAAUUAAAGGAAGAGAUAAACCAAAAAAAAGAAAAUCUACGGAUUCAGAUAGUGAAAGUGAUAGCGAUAGCGAUAGUAGUGACAGCGAUAGUAGUGACAGCGAUAUUAGCUCGGAUUCAGAUAGCGAUGAUGAGGAUUAUAUAGCAAAAUGGUAUUGGGCAGGUGAUAGCAAUGGUGGUCCAUCAAAAGGAGGCGGCCAUCAAGAUGUUUGGGUUGAAUACGAUAACAAAAUGUGUAAAAAUUUAGAAAAAGCAUUUCAAAAUAAUGAUAAGAAAUACAAGGUUGAUAAGGAACGUUUUGUAGAUUUACAAAAUAUGUUACAAAGAAGGUGUGAUGAUGAAAGUAAAAGAAGAAAUGUAAAAAGAGAAGACCCAAAGAAAACCAAAAAAGCCAAAAAAUCAAAUGUUUCAACUGCUCAACAAAUUAAUAAUGCAAUUAACGCUGUUGCUUCAUCACAUGGCACUACUAGCACAGCUGUUGCUCCAAUUACGAAAAAUGCAAGCAGCAAAAGCAUAUCAGAUACCACAACAACAACCACUACUACAGCAGUCUCAAAUAAUAAAGCUACACUUGCACCAACUAUGAGCCAAAUUUCAAUCUCAAGCAUUAUCAAAUGUCCAGACACAUGGACCAAUGUUGACUCUAUGGACUAUAAAGAAAUCGAUAUUAAACCAUCCGAAAGUGAAUUCAAAUGGAUGUCUAAACUAUUCACCAAUACUAUUGCACCAAUUCACAAGGGUAUGGCAACUCUUUCACCAAUUGUUUUUAAUGAUCUUGUUGUUUCAAGAGUUACCAGAAUUCAAAAUCCAAUGCAAUGGGUAAGAUAUCACGGACGUAAACAAAAAAUUUUAGACGAUAAUAAAGGCAAGUGCUCCCCAAUCUAUAGUGUAUUGACUGAUGUUUCAACUGGUCCAGAGGUUGAUAGAAAUGCAAAUGAAUUCUUUUUGUUCCAUGGUUUAAAUAUAAGCUCUAUUACUGGUAUUGCUAAGUUUGGUUUUGAUCCACGUUUUUGUUCUUUAGAGGGUAUGUAUGGUGCUGGUUUAUAUUUUGCUGAAAAUUCUUCAAAAUCAAAUCAAUAUUGCCAUGGUAAAAGUUGCACAGCUUCUGGGUUUUUAAGUUCAAGUUGUCACUGUUCAGCUAAAGAUGAAAUCUGUAUUUUAGUAUGCCGUGUAACAUUAGGUGAUGCAUUAGUUGAGAAUGUAUACCGUGGAAAUACUAAAGGUAGCUUUUGGCAUGGACGUAGAACAGAACCAAAGAAACCCGAUGGUGUUAGUAUUUAUAAUAGUGUUGUUGGUGAAUCAAAACCUAACUAUGGUCCAAAAGCAGCUCUUCAAUUAAGAGAAUACAUUGUUUAUGAAAGUAGUCAAGUUUAUUCAGAGUACAAAGUUUAUUUCCAUCGUAAAAAAUAA